CAGAAGAAAAGUAUUAUUAAUCUCUUUUUCCUAAAUAUACUAACCUAGUGAAACAUCUUUUAUAUAAAAACAGUUGAGCAACAUACAAAAUUAUUAUAUAUGAUCAAUUUUCAUAGGAACGUUUUGUGGAAUCUCAAUCCAGUGCUCAGUAUCGAUAUUCACAAGUACUUACUACUAUGUACAUACUUACAUUAGUAGAUAUGGUUACUUGUAUUUGCGUUUGAAUACAUAUGUGGUGGAUACAUAUUUGAAAAUUUGUAAUUAUCUAUGAAGAAAGAAUUGUCACUAGUUAAAACAGUGUAAAUAAUAUGAUAUCUUAUACUUAUUCUUUAUUUAGUAGAAUGUGCCUUAGAAAUGGUCGGCGAACAAUAAUAACAGCUGCUACGAAAGAUGUACCAGAUACAAGUAUUCCAUGGUUUCGUAUUUCGGAAUCUAACCCUGCAGAGCAUGAUGAAAGUUGUUUAAGUCGUAUUUACACGAUACCUUCAGAUAUUACGGCAUCACUAAUGUCAAAUAUGACACUUGAAUUAAGAAAGCAAACAGAAAUAUUCAGAGAACUUGGUAUUUUAGUUAGACGACCUGCAGUGGAAAUAAUAUCGUAUUUAGAACAAACAGACUUUACAAAGUCUAUAAAUAAAUAUAUUUUAUAUGGUAUACAAGGAGUAGGAAAAACAACAUCUUUAUUACAUUUGAUUCAUUAUGGCCUUGUGAAACGAUAUUUUGUACUUCAUUUACCAUGGGUUCAAACUUGGUUCAGAUAUCCAAGAGAUGCGGUUGCAUCUCCUUUGGAACCAGAUAAAAUAGACUUGCCUGAAUCAGCAACAAAAUGGUUAAAAUAUAUUAAAGAGAUAAAUAAAGUAGCACUAUCGCAACUUGACCUGAAGACUACUAAGGAAUAUACGUGGUCCCAAAGAGAAAUUACAAAAUCUGGAGAGUCACUUUCUAAUCUUAUUGAAUUUGGAAUACAAAGAAAUAAAUUUGCUUGUGGUGUUAUUAAUGCUGUAGUGGAUGAACUUAAAAUGGCCAGUACAGCAGGAAAAUGUAGAACAUUAGUUAUCAUAGAUGGUUUUAAUGCAUUUACUUCUAGCAUAACACACGUAAAAGAUGAAAAUCAUACAUAUGUACCACCUGAGAGAAUAUCAAUAACAUCUACAUUCUUGAGUAGUGUAGAUUAUAAUUGGUGUAAUGGUGCUGCGAUAUUAACAGUAGAUAAAAGAGCAAAUAAAGAUAGGAAAGACUCUGAUUAUCCAACAUAUUUACUUGGUAAAAAAGGAUUUGAGCUUUUGGAUCCCUUUCUACCCAUUUGCGUCGAAAAUUAUUCAUUAGAUGAAUUUAAAACUAUAUUAGAAUACUAUAAAGAUCGAAAAUGGAUCAAAAACAUUAGUGAUAAAGGACAAAGAGAAUUAGAGUUACUAUCCAAUAAAAAUCCAUAUCAACUUUGGGCACUUUGUAAACCAUUAUAUUAAAAUCAUUUUACAUAAUAAUAAAUAUUGUUAUUAAGGAA